UCCUACAGUGUCUGCCUUAUAUCUCACAGCUCAGCUGUGCUCCAGGGUUCUUCCAGAGUGUCUGUUCCUCCAUAUCAGUGAGAUCCAGAGAGGAGGUCCAGCAGCUGGUGUCUCUGCUGCAGCUCCUGGACUUCAACCUGCUGCUAACAGGAGAGUUACGCAGGAAAACCUGCAGAUCUGUGAGCAGAGUCCUCCAACUGUGUGGAUCUAAAGUGGAUCUGGUCCUCAAAGCCAACAAGAUGUCUGCCAGAGGAGCGUCUGUCCUCUUUGGCUCUACAACACACCUCCACAGUCUCAGACUUUCCAGCAGCGUGGCCUUGUUCCUGUCUCUGUGGGUGAGAAGAGGCAGGGUGGCCUCUCCUCUGGUUGUUGAAGAGCUUUCUGUGGUCUCCACCGAGGCUCAACCUUCACAGAGAGUCUUUCUGAAGCUCGGCAGCAGUUUGGCGUCUCUGCUGAGGUUCUGGACCGUCAGACGGUUGGACCUGACUGAGUCCUGCCUCCCUGCUCAGAGUCUCUUCAGUCUGCUGCUUCAUGAUGCUCCUCUUACAGUCAGACUGGGUGAGGAGAGUCUCCAGCAGCUGGUGGUCCUCCUCCAUGAGGUCCAGGACCAGGAGUUGACGUUGUCCUUCCUCAAUAAGCUUGGUGGAGACCUGAGCUCCUGCAGGGUGAGCUGGGAGGUCCUUCACUAUCUGCUGCAGCAGCCGUCAGCUCUGACCAUCACCGUGAACCUGAAGAAGAACCGCUUACAGGACAGAGCUGCACAGCUGCUGCCCUUCCUGCACAGGCUGCUGCUUCAGAGGCCCAGCCCCAGCUUUGUGAGGACGUCCAUCAGAGAGAUCCACAGAGGUCGCAGCAGUCACAUGAUCCCCGGUCUGCUGAGGUCACUGGGUCAUGUGAUCAACCUGAGCUGCAUGGAGCUGGACUCAGAGGACGCUGCUGCUCUGCUCUUCGUCCUCAGACACGGUGAUGGAGUUAAGCUGAAGCUGCUGUGGAGCUCCAUCCCUGCAGAGGGAACACAGUCCAUCCUCAGGAUGCUGCGCACAGUUUCUGAUCUCAGCGUGGACAGGAAGCAGCUGCUGAGCUUCAUCCGCUGCUGCGCUGCCUCUGACGGCCAGCAGGAGGCGUUGGACCUGCUGAGGACUCUGCAGCACAGCGUGGACCUGUCUCUCUCCUCCUGCGUGGAGGUACCAGAGGAGGAUCAGCCUGAGCCUCUGAGGGUGACGGCUGCCGACUGCAGGGCCGUCUCCAGCAUCCUGAGACGCAGCAGCAGGGACACACAGCUCCACCUGAGGGACUGCGAGGUGGAGGACAGCGGGCUGGACCUGCUGUUUCCUGUCCUGGACAGGGUCCGUCUCAGAGUCAGUAAGAUGGUCCUGGUCCAGCUGCUGUCCCUGCUUCCUGUGGACAGUGAGAGGGACACAAGCUGGACCUCAGUCACUGCCAACUGA